CCACGCCCUCGAAAAAUCGAUUGAGAGCCCGCGGAACCUUUCGGUACAUCUCGUGUUCUCCACAUUCGGCCGAAAUUUUUUUCUCUGUACUGGUCCGCUACUUGCCAGAGAAUGACUGCCUACAUGAAGGCAUCCCUCGCUCUAUGUUUAACCUUCUGGCUGUGCGCAUUGCUCUGCUCGGGCCUGGUGCUAGAAAGGCGGCCCCGGCGCAUACCUCAGGCCCUCCCCUCGGAAGAAGGAAAUGAUGAAGUGAUAGAAAGUGAAGAGGAGGAAAAUCCGACCGUUGAGAGGAAGAGUCUCAAGCAACAAAAUGGUCAACUCUCUCCUCUGAUGAUGAAGCCUACUUGGAAGGCGCUCUACCCAUUUGGCCCGAAUGGUCGCCGCGAGAUGAACGACGCCCUGGAGGAAAAGAAGUCCCGCUCACAGCACCGGAAGAGAAGCAGGAGGGAGGAGGGGCGUCAGAAGGAGCAGGAGGAGCUCGCAGACAUACUGAAGGACGAGGAAGACGACAAGGCGAAACAGGAAUUCGUCAAACCAAAGGCCAAGAGAGGAACGGAGGUAGAAGAGCAGGAGGUCAAGCCUACUAGUUCUCCGGAUUUUCAGGACUGGCUUCGUCGGGAAUACUACCGCAACAUGGCCAAGUCAUUCGCGUCGAUGAGAAAGAAACGAGAUGGCUCCACCCACUGGGAGGAAACUGAACAUGAGACCGAAGUUCCUUCAACAGCGCCUCUCAAUAGGAAGCGGAGAGAUCAGAAAAACACUGAAAAAAAAAAGAGCCGAAAUCGUUCAGUGUCAUUCGAAGAAGUGACGGACAACCUUCGAGCAUUAGAAGACGCUUUAUUCUUAGACGCUUUAGGUACACUUGCAGAAGAUCCUUCAGCCGAAGGAGCCAAGAAAGCUAGGAUCGAAGCCGACCUGAGUUCUGCUUACGACUUAGAGACGAUGCGCAGUGCCCUCUUUCGCCUCAGAGAGACACUAGGAGGAAGGGGAGCUGCUCUGGAAGCAGAGGAUGAGAUGUAUGCGACUCCCGCUAAAAAGAGAAGUUCUCACAGACUGGACGAACGUUGUCCACCUUUGGAAUUCCUGACCAGUCAAUGUUCCGCUUUGGAAGAUUUACUGCCCCGUGAAUUGGAUGGAUUGAGGAAUUCCGUGCUGCAUUCGUGCAAUUGGCAUGAAGUCUGCUACACAUGCGGUUCCGCAUAUGGGUUGAGCGUCGAUGCUUGUGAUUCAGGGUUCAUUCAGCAGUCCCGCCCAUUCUGCUUGGACGACGCCGAGUCAGGUCCGGAAUGCGAGAAUCCGGCCCCUCUGCUCCUGGUGCCUCUGAGGAGCAGGCGAGUCUUCUUCAAGCGAAGCAACCCUCAACUCUGUCUGGCUGAUCCAUGCCUACAAAAUUACUUGCUAGACGGGGAUGAACUGUGAAAAAGUUGUUCUAUUGGAUCACUUUCUCUCUCUUGGUCCACCUCAAGCAGGCGGUGGCCGUACACCCGCGGGCUUUCACCGCGACAGGAUGGAGUGCCACGAUGCCAUCUCGUGCCACGGUGCAACACUUCUCUUUCGUUGUAACUUCUGCGGUGGCACAGACUGUUCCUUUUCGUCACGUACGACCAUGCCACCUCGUUCCUUUGUCUGUUGUCGAUGUUGUUUCCUGCGUCUUGAGUUCACGAGUUUCGUCCGUAGUUUUGCUUCUCACGGAAUGAUGUGGGUGCGGAUGGUGUUGGGGGGACUGUUGUUUGUUGUCUGUACUGAAUUCUGGUCAAUAAAUGUUGAUGAUUUAAG